AUAUAUUCAUCAAUGUUAAGUCGUGAUAUUCCUGGUCCACCAUCUCUUUUUGGUGCUCUUCUUGCUACAAUUGGAUUAAUGUUUUCACUUUUAUUACCAACGUCAAAAUCUGACUUAAAUGAAAUGGGAAAUGAAUCACGAAAUAUUGAAGAAAAUGCACGUUCAUUACGUGUCAAUCAUGAAUCAGAUGACAAUAAUAUUCAAUCGGAUUAA